CUUUUCUACAUUCCUCUUCUGCUAGCAGAAGUUGUUUGUGUGAGCAUAUCAAGGACAGCAUCAUGUGAUUUGGAAGGAUUUCAAAGCUGAAACCACACUGGUUUGGUUCAGUGUCGCUCAGCAGGUGGACUAAAUCCUUGGAUUGCUUCUGACACAAGACUAAAAUGUUUUUUUUAGGCAGAAGACACCUCACUCUGUGUUGCAAUCUCCUCUUUUGUCUACUCCUAGGUUGUGUGACUGCAGAAAACAUCAUAGCCACUGUGGGAGAGGAUGUGACUUUGAUAUGCAACUAUGAUGCUAAGUACUACGGCAAGCUUUCUGCAUGCUGGGGUAGAGGAGCCAUCCCCAACAGUGGCUGUGCCAAUGAGGUGAUCAAGUCAGAUGGUACAUCAGUGAUCAGCAGACUGUCAGAGCGUUACCUGCUCAAGGGUAAUUUUGGUGAGGGUGAUGUGUCGCUGACUAUCAGGCAGGUUGAGGAGGGCGACUCUGGGACGUAUGGCUGCCGUGUGGAAAUACCAGGCUGGUUCAAUGAUCACAAACAUCAGCUGACUCUGACGGUAGUUGCAGUGCGCCCUAAUGCCCUGAAGGUGGAGACGAAAGAGGUGAAGGAAAGAACUGUCACUGUUCGCUGGACUCCUGUGUUUGAUGGCGGCAGGCCCAUUACAGCCUACAGGAUUGAUCUAAAAAACAAACAGGCAUCCUGGGAUACUGCAGUGACAACUGAAGUCUCAAAUCCUGAACUGACUCAGCUGACUUUGGUGGAUUUGCAUCCAGCCAAAACCUACAACAUCCGCAUGUUUGCUAUCAACAGUGUGGGCAUGAGCGAGGCCAGCAAUGUUCUGACAGUCAUAACGAAAGAAGCAGCACCAGAGGGUCCUCCCCUGGAUAUGCAGCUGGAGGCCCUCACUUCUCACAGUAUCAAAGUCACUUGGAAGCCUCCGAGGCUCGAUCAAAGAAAUGGGGUUCUUCGGAGUUACAGCAUUAGCUACAGAGAGUACGACCCCGCGGGCAGACAGUUCAAAAGGUGGCAGCACGUAAGUGUGGCGGCCACACGAGAACUAGAGAGCGUCAUCCUGAGCAACCUGAAACCUUCUGCCAGAUACGGCGUGAUUAUACAGGCCAAAACAUACGCAGGAAUAGGACCGUCAUCGACUGCACCUCUCUGCUCCACUCUGGAUGAGGUUCACACAACUUCAACAGCAUCCACUAUUAUGUCUACUUCCACUGCUGCCACAAUAUGGAUACAAGACACUACAAGUUUCACUUCAGUUCACACAACCUCAACAAUUGAGACUGUUACUGCUGCCACAGUUUGGGGAGAAAGCACCACAAGUGUCACAUCAGUGCCCCCAGAUCCCCCAGUGGUUGAGUUAAAAGAGGUCAAAGACAAUACAAUUUCCCUUUUAUGGACUCCUGGGUUUGAAGGUCACAGCCCCAUCACUGGCUAUUACCUGGAGUGUAAAGCCGUUAACGCCUCGUGGGAUUACAGAAAGACAGUUGUUGACUUUGGCCCCAAUCAGACAGAGGCCACGAUUAUAGAGAUAAAUCCCUCCACAUACAACAUCCGCAUGUUUGCUAAGAACAGUCUGGGCACCAGUAGAGCUAGCAAUGUCCUCACCAUCACCACUGGAGAAGCAGGUCAUCCGAGGGGUGAUCUCCCUGCCACCAUAUCUACUGACACUCAUGCUGCUGCGAGCGUUGAGGAGAGUCAAAGUGGUCACCUAGCCGCCAUCGUGGUGCCAGUGGUGCUGGUGGUGUUGGUUGUUGCCAUGGUAACCACAUGGCAACUUCGACGAAUAAAGCAGAAAAAAGGCAGCCUGAAUAUAUGGCUGACCAAUGGAGCGCUACGCUACAGAGCCUCUGAGUCACUACAAGAGCUGUAAAACUCUUGAGUUACUCUACAUUUCACCACGAGGCUAAAACUCACAAAUAAGCAGUACAUUUUAUGAAAUUUGCUAAAUAAGAUUUUAUAUAUAUAUAUAUAUAUAUAUAUAUAUAUUAUAUAUAUAUAUGUUUAUGUCAUUGAGAAAAGAAACAGAAUAUACUACAACUUCAACUGCAAGUUGAGUUGAACUAACCAAAAGAAAGAAUAAUCACUCAUUUCUAACUACUCACUAAAUAAACUCUAAUCACACAACAUAUCUCAUUUAAAAGGUUCAUGUGAUAUCUUAUGAAAAGUUAUGCACAAAUGUUUGUGCGUUAUCCUACAAAUGUGCAUCAACACGAGUGAUCAGUGCACUUGUGCAAGUCCCUGCAGUGCAGAACCUGUUUAGGCAGCAAAAAAAUCCACGAUGACCUCCUCCCUAUGCAGACUUUGUCUUUAUACCACAUCGCCUGACUUCCUCCUCGAGACGGCCCUGCACGUCCUGGCUCAUGAUUACUUGGGUUGUAUAUAAAAUAAAGUAGUGCAUUACUUUCCGUAGGUAUAAGUAUGACCAGUGAAUGAGAACAGCCUAUAUCACAACACCAGCACGGAUCUGCCUUUACUUCCAAUAUUUUUCUGUUGGAGCACCUUUUUAUUAAUUAAUUUGUUGUUUUUUUGUUGUUUUUUCUCUUUCUAACAAUAUAUAUAUAUAUAUAUAUAUAUUCUUUCUAUUUUAUAACCAUCAACAGGUCAUUAAAUGACCCGUAAUAUUUUUUAUGUGACUUUAUGUGUAAUGAAAAAAUACCACCAUCAUUGCUAUUUUUCUUUAGGCUAUAAUAAACAUCCAACGUGUUUGUUCAUCAACAUGUACUUUAUUUUAUUGGAUAAAAUAUGUUUCAUUGUGUCAUGUAGAAAGUUAGCAGAUUUACUUAUAGGUUACCAGCCACCAGCUGUAGCAGAUGAGCUGUUUAAAAAUAUAGUAAAUGAAGUCUGCUGGUAAUAGU